AUGGAGUUACCACCCAGUGAGUAACUAGUAGUCCUAAUGCUUUAGUUUUUUCCUCCUGGGGUUGAAUAUUUUCAUGGUUUGGCAAAGAACGACCUGAGUUGAUGGUUUAUCGCUCUUGUCUGUGUUGGUGCGUAAAGAGUGUGUGCUCAUCCCUAUCGGAUGUAUCGUCUUAUCACAUUGCGGAGGGGAGGUAAAUAACAGUUUUAGCAGGUUGCCAAAAUCAGUGAUGCGAACAAAGCCUGAUAUAUCGUUGCUCUGCUGAGGAGCCGGAGGCUACUGUUUUUAGCUCUGACUGGGAGAUGCACGCAGCACUAAACUCUCCACAUUCAGCAUCUGGAGAAUGCGGACAAGUACACUGGGCAUGAUUGGGAUUAAAUCGACCGAUGCCCUUUGCAAUACCUGUUGAGGAGUGUGUGAACAUAUUUGAUCAUUUCGCGCAAUGUGUUUAAACGAUGCCGCACUGCUUUGCAAAUGUUCCACAAUUCAAUUAGAGGUAAGACCGUUUUCUAAUUACUUGGUAUGUUAUAAACGAAAUAGGCAAUUAUAUCCACAUUUUCGGAAUAAUAAUUAGCUAUAUAGCCCAAGCAAUGUGUAAGUGUUUUGUGAGCAUUUCGAUUUUUGUCCAAUUCCUGUCGCGCCCUCAAAACCAUAGAGGAACGUUUUCAUUUUGGUUUCCAAAUUAGGGUUUCCACAUAAUGUCCACAUGAUGUGAGCAGUGAGCUACUGGAAGUGUAUUACAGUAAAAGUAGUUUAUUUUCACAUAGAGGUUUUGACACAGCGAAGGGCUCAACUGGGGUGCGUAAAGUCUCCGAAUUAAUAGCCUAAUGAGGCGAAGCAUGGAUGAGCUUUAUCCCCGCGGAUCCAGCUCAGUGGAGCGCAUUACGCACGGGUCUCCCUGAGCCACACACGUUUCAGUAUUGGAUUUGAAGCUGCAUGCUGGUACAAUUACCAUGUUGCAUUUGAUUGGGGAUCACUAAGAAAAUAAUUUGGGAAAAAUAACUAAUUCCAAUACAUUUGUCAAGACAGUCUCAUUGUGAUAACAGUUAAUAUGACUUCAAAUUGUGUUAUGUUGUUUCUGUCUGUAGACAGAUUUUCUUUUCAAUAUUUAAAUAAUAAAGCAUUUGAUUAUUCCAUUGUCUUAACCUUGGGGUAUCAUUUGACUUCCAGCAUUUAAGUAGCUUCUUCAAUAUAAGUGACGAAAUUAAUAUUGUCCAACCCAUUGGGUAUCUCACCGAACCUCAUAGGCUAUGCCAUGUCUUGAAAUAUGCAGAUAGACAGAUAAAAAGUACAUUUAUAUUGUAAAACUUCUGAAAGCCAGCAUUCUAACUCUGCCCAUGACUUUUGGACUUUAUAGCACCCCGAGAAGGCAUGAAUUGUUGAGUCAUUGUUCGUUUUACACUUAAGACAUGACUCUGCCAUUGUGCCGUAGAAUUUGUGAAUUUUGUCUAUUUUUAUGAUACAUUUUAUACAUUAGUUUAUACUGGAUUAAGCCUACAUUUGUUGACUGUAAUUUUGUUUCAAUAGUUUAGAAAUAGAUUUUAAGAGAUUGUCAGUUGGAGAGGCUCUCUGCAAGGUUUUGUCAAUCUUACCAAUCAUAUGAGAAUCUGUUUCUGACACAAAAACGUAUCCAAAAACUUUCAGGUCAAAAUUUCGUGAUAUUAAACUUUGAAGUUGCAUAUAUUUGAACAUGUCUACAUUGAUCAGCCCAAAAUUGCUUUUGAAUACUUUCAUGGAAAUAAAUGUAUUUCAUAUUACCAUAUAAUUUAUGGUUUCUGUGCCUUUAGUUUUCCAGGCCAAUUUAUCAGUGAAUUCUGAAAAGCUAUCCAAGGAUUGUUCCAUAGGGGUGUGUUUUUAGGGAGUGAUAUUGGUUCUUGUAGAAUCCAUUACAUUUUUUCCCCAUGUUGUUAUAGGGUUCUUAACUAUGAAGUUGUUAAUGUUCUUAGCUCCACCCUUUGAAAACAGACACGUGAAAGGAUUCUGGGGAUGAGCAUGGCAUCCAAAGUUUUGAAUAGAAAAGGCCACUCAAGAUUAUCAAAAGCCUCAUGGUUAACAAAUGUACAUGUCAGUACUAUUUUACCCUUGACCAUACCAUGAGUACCAACCAACUCAGUGGCAUUGUGGUUACAGUGUCCUCUCUGAGAUUGGAAGGUUGAGCUGAUGGAUUGGGGGUAAGGCCCUGCCCUGCGAUAUACUGACGUCCUGUCCAGAGGGUGUGCUUGUACAUCAAGAUGCCUCACGCUAACAGGAGAGAGAGGCUCCUGCCCUAUGUGCCGUUCUGGCUCUGACAAGGCUAUUUACUUACCAUGAAUAAGGAGAUGGAUAUGUUUCCUGUUAGUUAACUGUAGCAUGACUCUGCAAUGUUGAGGCAGUGAGGAAGUCAGGCUUCUAGUUAAUGCUGAUUAAUGUUAGAAUGGGAUGACUUUACAUUUCUCAAAGGAUUAUUUAGCAGAAAAUGGAUUUCCACAGAGGAAGCUCAGGAUUCCACCCUUUGACUUUGCACUACAUUGGGGUUCCUCACAGGAAAUUAUGACAUAUCAGUGUGACCUGCUUGCUGAUUACUCACAACGUUGCACUUUCAUUUACAAUUUUAAAAAAGUAUUUUAGUCAUUUUGCAGAUGCUCUUAUCCAGAGCGAUUUACAGUUAGUGCAUUAAUCUUAGACUUUGAGUGUAAGAGAAAAGGCUGCCAGUGUAGUUUGUCGUUAUAUAUCAUUUCUCUGUCACUCUUCCCAAUUGGAUUUAAGUGCUGAGUUCACCUUGAGAAUAAACAAAGAUCAUGUAGAAGUCAUUUGAAUGAUUAAAUGUCAAGAGUUGAUUGAAGUGACAGCUAGGUGACCUUUGGGAGAUUAAUCUGCCACACUUUAAGUCUAGUGCUUGCCAAGGUGCAUAAUCAGUCCACAGCACAGAACUAGACCAUAGAAAGGCAACAAAUAGAAGUCAAAUCUUGGCAUUUGAUGCUGUUGGCACUGGUCCUGUUACCUUUAAAUUUGGCCAACUUCCUGGACUCAGAGUCCCUUUGCUCAGCUCGUAGCUGCCAUUGAAGAGUCAGCAUUGCAGAGUCACUCAGUGAGAGAGUCUGAGAGUGAGUUAUGAGGUCAGUUAUGCUGCUUUCACCCACAACCUCUCAGAAUGGAAUGAGGUGCAAGGUUAUAGUGCAAUCCAUACUUUAGUUUGUCCUGUCAUUACAUUGUGUCAAUACUCCCUAAGUACCUGGAAGGGGUUAAACAUAUGUGUAUACUGCAUUGGUUUAUCUUUAUACUUCACACACACAGACACCCCCGCAUGCGUGUGCACGCACACACACACACACACACGCACGCACGCACGCACACACGCACACACUACUGCUGCUGCUGGCUUAAGUGCUUAUCAGAGACCACAACAGUGUUCUAGAACAGGGGUCUUCAACCUUUUCUUGCCCACGGACCCCCGCACAGGCAAAUCAGCAACCCAGGGACCUCAAUCAUGUGUUAGCAAAAGUUUGUCAUUAUUUUGACCUACACGCAUUUUAAUAGGACGAGGAAGUGCUCUCAGAGCUGCGUAGCUAUGUCACAAUGGACUGCCGGACUGUCAUCGCUGCGGCUUUGGACUUUGGACUGAAUAAAGGCUUAGUUUCUCAUCUCCACAGGGCCAAUGUGAGGUUCCAGUAUGUGGUGAGGGGGUGGAUGGAGUCAAAUGGAGAGCUGACGCAGAUAAGCCAGUGCUUAUAGCUGGCUCAAUUGUGGCACAGUUGGACAACACAGACAGACAACAUAAAGAGGUUAUUUGAGAAGCCCCCAGGGUUGGUAGCCUACAAAGUGGAAUGGUCUGGAGCUGUACACACAAACACAUCCUAUGAGCCAGGGUGAAGCAUCCUAUGAGUCAGGGUGAAGCAUCCUAUGAGUCAGGGUGAAGCAUCCGAUGAGUCAGGGUGAAGCAUCCUAUGAGUCAGGGUGAAGCAUCCUAUGAGUCAGGGUGAAGCAUCCGAUGAGUCAGGGUGAAGCAUCCUAUGAGUCAGGGUGAAGCAUCCGAUGAGUCAGGGUGAAGCAUCCUAUGAGUCAGGGUGAAGCAUCCUAUGAGUCAGGGUGAAGCAUCCUAUGCAUCAGGUUGCAAGAGGGGGCAGAAGGUUAUCUCUGUGAAUCCCUGUCUCUUAAUUCAAAGGGGCUCCAGCCGUCCCAAAGCCAAACUCUGGUAAAUAUGAAUCAGUAAAAAAACAUAAAUGGGCUACGCAGCACAUCAUCUGGUGGAACACAGGUCACCUAUACUCAUUCAUUGCUCAAAACGGAUAUCUUGCUUGAAAAGCCAACUUUCUAUGUAUAUACCGCCUAAACCCAAAUCAUUGGCUAAAAUUGGGAUAAAAACCACAACAGAAUGGUUCCUGGGAAACAGCUGUGGAGGCUUCCAGUGUCUGACCUGGCAUGAGGCAGCAUGGUAGGACUGUCUGUAAUCCGUAGCAUCUUACUGCGUCACACAGUCAGGAUGCAGUGAAAGAGCUCAUUCAACAGGAUGGCCAAAUGACCUGCAGCAGUGGAACAACUCCAUUGAGCUGUCAGUGUAACCCAUAGGGGUUACCACUAUUAAUAUGGAACAGUUGGCACUAGGAGAAAUGCCUGCAGUGCAAGACUGAAUGUAUGGAAAGGCCUGUUGAGCCCAUUUUUACCAGGCUGUCACUAGAAAUACCACAAAUCUCCCACACUCUAAGAACACGCAUGACCCCAUUAUGCGUGAAGUUCAGUAAUACAUAGACAGCAGAUUUCCACAAAAGCACUGUUAUGUGCUGUGUACAGUAGCAUGGUGCUACCUGAUUAACAUGGAUCCUCAUGGAAUGCUAGCCACUCUGUGUGUGUCCAGGACCACAUCUGAUGUCAUGUUCUGGGUGACGGAUCACAAAUAAGCUAGACCCAUUGCGUUGCUUGCAAGUCAGUUGUACCAAGUAACUCCCAAUUCAAAGUGUUAUACUUCUACAGUGUGAAUGAAAUCAACUGAAUAGAACAGUACUACCGGUAGUUUGUCUGGAGAAGCAAGCUGUGGAGAGCAUAGCCACAGUACAGUGUCCUCCGAGGCCCAGUCUGUGGCACAGCAGCACGGUCACAGCAGGAAAGAACAGUUCAGAUGUCAAAGGAUGUGGUUGACUGAGCACUAACUUGUGUGACUGGUUAGUGUGUUCCUCAUAGGUUCAGAGGGGUUUGCAAAGGACUAGGGGAUGGGCUCAAAAUGUGGGGGCAAGGAGAUGGAGGAGGGGAUGCUACAGAUGAUGGGAGACAGGGAACAUGGCUUGACUUGGGAUAGAGGGAUAUAGACAGAAUUGGAAACGAUGAAUAGAACCAGAGAGGGCUGGGUAGAAAGAGGAUGACACUCACAUGCAUAGGCAAGCAUAGCUCCAAGUCAAUGGCAUUUAUUUAAUGAUACUGUAGUUUAAACAGUAGCGGUGCAUGGGUGAAAUCACGGGGGAAGCCAAGCCAGAAACAAAAGCCAGAUUACAACUUGUGUGUUGUGAUAAUUGCGUUGUUUGCUCUAUAACCUGUUAGUUCAUAUGCCUUGUGAUCAUGAUAUAUAGGCCUAAGGCUAAGACAAUAAGAAGACACAGUGGCAGAAUAAAUUCAACCACACCUUUGUUUCAUCACAAAACCGGAGAGCAACUUCUGUCUGGUGAUGUCCACAAAAGCAUAUUGCAUGUAACAAACAGUUACCCUACAUAACCUACAGCAUGGUCAAGCAAGUUAAUGUUUCCGACAUUUGAUUUAGAACCACGGAGAGUUACCGCAAGUCACAAAGAAAACAGGAACUGCCUCCACUAUUCCAACACCAUUGCAACUUCAACAUUUCAACACAUCAUCAAAUCACCUAUGCUUAGUCUAAUACAGUGACAACUAAAAGAUACCAAAAGACGAUUUAGUCCAAUCAACAUAACCUAAAUAUGAUCUGACUGUCCAUGGUUCUGAUAUGUGUGUGUGUGUGUGUGUGUGUGUGUUAGUGCAAGUAGAAAAAACAUGUUGACUCACCCUACUUGCAGAGAAACGCCAAUGUCAUCUUCCUCUCUUUCAUGUUGACGAAAUGGUCUAUGACUCUGUCACAGUAUCCACUUUUAUUUUUUGUUGUCCUAGGCUCCUGGCUAAAAUGCUUGCUCGUUAGCCUAACUUCCUUUCAUGGGCAACAUUAGGUAGUUAACAUUAGCCUUCUACAGUGCAUUCGGAAAGUAUUCAGACCCCUUGACUUUCUCCACAUUUUGUUACAUUACAGACUUAUUCUAAAAUUGAUUAAAUUGUUUUUUUCCCCCCUCAUCAACAAAGUACACACAAUACCCCAGAAUGACAAAGCAAAAACAGGUUUGUAGAAAAUUAUUGUAUUAAAAAUUAAAAACGGAAAUAUCACAUUUACAUAAGUAUUCAGACCAUUUACUCAGUACUUUGUUGAAGCGCCUUUGGCAGCGAUUACAGCCUUGAGUCUCCCAGUCCCUGCCGCUGAAAAACAUCCCCACAGCAUGAUGCUGCCACCAUCAUGCUUCACCGUAGGGAUGGUGCCAGGUUUCCUCCGGACGUGACGCUUGGCAUUCAGGCCAAAGAGUUCAAUCUUGGUUUCAUCAGACCAGAGAAUCUUGUUUCUCAUGGUCUGAGAGUCUUUAGGUGCCUUUUGGCAAACUCCAAGUGGGCUUUUUACUGCCUUUAACUGAGGAGUGGCUUCCGUCUGGCCACUCUACCAUAAAGGCCUGAUUGAUGGAGUGCUUCAAAGAUGGUUGUCCUUUUGGAAGGUUCUCCCAUCUCCACAGAGGAACUCUGGAGCUCUGUCAGAGUGACCAUCGGGUACUUGGUCACCUCCCUGACCAAGGCCCUUCUCCUCCGAUUGCUCAGUUUGGCCGGAUGGCCAGCUCUAGGAAGAGUCUUGGUGGUUCCAAACUUCUUCCAUUUAAGAAUGAUGGAGGCCUCUGAGUCACUGUGUUCUUGGGGUCCUUCAAUGCAGCAGACAUUUUUUGGUACCCUUUCCCAGAUCAGUGCCUCAACACAUCCUUUCUCGGAGCUCUACGGACAAUUCCUUCGACCUCAUGGCUUGGUUUCUGCUCUGACAUGCACUGUCAACUGUGGGACCUUAUAUAGACAGGUGUGUGCCUUUCCAAAUCAUGUCCAAUCAAUUGAAUUUUCCACAGGUGGACUCCAAUCAAAUUGUAGAAACAUCUCAUGGCCCUGAGUUGAAUUUUGAGUCUCAUAGCAAAGGGUCUGAAUACUUAUGUAAAUAAGGUAUUUCUGUUUUUUGAUUUGUAAUGAAUUUGCAAAAAUGUCUAAAAACCUGUUUUCGCUUGGUCAUUAUGGGGUAUUGUGUGUAGAUUGAUGAGGAAAUUUUUUUAUGUAAUCCAUUUUAGAAUAAGGCUGUAACGUAACAAAAUGUGAAAAAAGUAAAGGGGUCUGAAUACGUUCCGAAUGCACUGUACAUCUAGUUACAUAUUGAACUUCCAUCCUCUCAGUCCAGGGGUACAAUGUUCAUACAUUCAUAUUCAUAAAUUCAUAUUUAUGGUUGAUCAGAAUCACCGUUAUAAUCAUUGGCCAGUACGGAGAAUUGAGUAAAGUCCAAAUCCCUAUCUCCAUCCAUGGCUAAUUUAGGAAAUGGACAAUUUUAGCUAGCUAGCCACCGUUUCGCUCGCUCGGAUGCUUUUUCCGGUGAAAUACAUUCAGCCUCUUGCGAAGUGAAGGAAAAUUAUGAGAACACAGAGACAAAAGAGAAAUUAUUUUACAUGCUUUUGUAAUUUCUUCUUGGUCCAUUUUUUUGGGGGAAGCCUGGCUUCCCUUGGUAUCCAGGAAUACACGCCACUGAGUUUAAUUGCCUAGUCACGGCUAUCAAUUAUAUAUUCGUAUAUACACUGCCGUUCAAAAGUUUGUGGCACUUAGAAAUGUCCUUGUUUUCCAUGAAAACAUACAUGAAAUGAGUUUGAAUAGGAAAUAUAGCUAAAUGAAUAGGAAAUGUAGUCAUUGCAAGGUUAGAAAUAAUGAUUUUUAAUUGAAAUAAUAAUUGUUUCCUUGAAACUUUGCUUUCGUCAAAGGAUCCUCCAUUUGCAGCAAUUACAGCCUUGCAGACUUUUGGCCAUUGUAGUUGUCAAUUUGUUGAGGUAAUCUGAAGAGAUUUCACCCCAUGCUUCCUGAAGCACCUCCCACAAGUUGGAUUGGCUUGAUGGGCAAGCUGCUCCCACAACAGCUCAAUAGGGUUGAGAUCCGGUGACUGUGCUGGCCACUCCAUUAUAGACAGAAUACCAGCUGACUGCUUCUUCCCUAAAUAGUUAUUGCAUAGUUUGGAGCUGUGCUUAUGGUCAUUGUCCUGUUGUAGGAGGAAAUUGGCUCCAAUCAAGCGCCGUCCACAGGGUAUGGCAUGGAGUGACAAAUCUCCCACUUUACCACCACCAAAGCACCCCCAGACCAUCACAAUGUCUCCACCAUAUACCAAUACUAGUGCCAGUUCAUAAUUGCAUUUGACCCACCAAGUGUAUACAGACCCAUGCAGUCGAUACGUAGUUAGUCACCCAAGCUCAAAUCCACCCUUAGCCCCUACCCCUUAGAUAACGUUUGCCAUAUUGUUUAUGGGUGUUAGGCUACAUAUUGUUUAUAAUUUGUUAUGGGUGGUAAUGGUAUGGGUGUUGAGAGUGUGUUUGCUGAAGCCCCUGUGUGUGUGUGUGUGUGUGUGUGUGUGUGUGUAGGACUCUUUGCCUUUCUGCUGAUGCUGUUGGAGUGGACCAAACCAGGGCUAUCUAACCCCCUGCGUCCGAUCUGUGACCUGCGGGUCCUAAAACACUUCAUUGAAGAGGCCAGAGACGCUGAGGCAGCCAUGGUGAGACACAUACCACACCGACGUCUGGUCUGGUCUCUUGAUGGCCAUGAGCUGGUGCUAUUUACAGAGAUAGUCAUAGUAAUAGUUACAUUUCAUCUCACACGUCUCCAGCUGUCUUCUAAUCUAUCCAUGUUUCCUUGCCCUGUUUCUCUUCUUCAUCCAUCCCCCUCUGAUCUCAGCUGGCAUGUAAAGAAGGACGUGGUCUUCCAGAGCCCGUCACUGUUCCCCAAACCAAAGUAGACUUCAACGUCUGGGAGAGGAAAAAUGUGAGUAACAACAGUCUCAACCUCUCUCUCUCCCUAAGAAUCAAUCUGCUUAAGAAUGUGCUUUACCAUUAUCAAAUCAGCAAUAUAUCCUGUUAUCCCAUUGUAGAGUCAUAUAGAGAGAGAGUUUGGCCAUUGAGGUUUUAACCUAAAUCACAUGGAUCUGGUCAACUGGUGAACUAUGUCUAUCUCUGUGUGUUUCUGUAGGCACUGGAGCAAGCUCAGGAGGUACAGUCUGGCCUGUGGCUGUUAAACCAGGCCAUCGGCUCGCUACGAGCCACCGCCACCGACACAGCGCUGCACAGCCACAUAGACAACAGCCUCAGAAACAUCUUCAGCAUCGGACAGGUGCUGCUCAGCCUCAACAUCCAGGUGAGCCAGGUCACAGAGGUCAGGGUUCAAAGGGCAAGCUUGGGUCAAUGGCAGAGUGAGGUUGUGGCAUGAGGACAUAGUGGUGAAUAUUGAGGUAAAUUAACUGUCAGGCAAACAGGUGAACAGGUAAUCAAUCAGUGCUGUAAUUACCAUCACGCCAUUGUAGUUAUUAUUGAAUUACUUAUGGAAGUUGCUAUUGGAGACAAGAAUAGGAAUGUUCGCUAUCUUUAGUUCACUUUUGGCCCUGUCCAGGCAGAUGCAUUCCUACAGACACGCAAGGUUUAACCUGAGUGACUCAGUUACUACUAGAGCUUGCUUGUGGAGGGAAGGGGGGAAGUGGGGAAGAGGGGAAAUUGGGAAGGGGGGCUGUAUGGUUGUGUCAUACUGACUGUAAGGAACUGACGUGUCUGAGAAAUUCUAAGAAAUCCCUCGCCAGCGGGGCUGGUUUUUAGAUAGUAGCGGAAAUGACAACAACCACACUUGCAUCCACCAGUGAGAUCACUGACAGGCAGGCAGAGUUCACUGGGUACACGCCAAGGCCAUGGAAAGACAAACGGAGCUCCAGUCACUCCAUCUGUACAUUCAGGCUCAAGGGCCACUGGAGCGGUUUCAUAGUAGAGACAUCAAACAAACAUCGCCCAAGGCUUGUACCCUGGUGAAAUAGGCCUACUGCUGAUAUACACAUCAGGGUUAGGUAGUAAUGGAUUACAUGUAACAGGGAUUACGUAAACAGAUUACAAAAAUGAAGUAACUAUUAAAAAAAAUAUAUAUAUAGACCCCUGCUUGCUGAAUUGUCUGGAUCUUUGUGUCAAAUUACACUUUGGAUUAGUCAACUCAUCUCCAGCCUGUUCACUUCCCAAGCACUAGGACAUGGGUAUUCAACUCUUACCCUACGAGAUCCGGAGCCUGCUGGUUUUCUGUUGUACCUGAUAAUUCAUUAUAACCACCUGGUGUCCCAAGUCUAAAUCAGUGCCUGAUUAGAGGGGAACAAUGAAAAAAUGCAGUGGAACUGGCUUCGGGUUCCAGAGUUGAGUUUGAAGGCACUAGGAUAACAUUAAGAUUUCUCUUGGAUCCUUCACAUCUCUGUUUGUUGUCUUCCUGUCAGGAGUACACCCCUCCAGCAGGGGGAGUGGCUGGAGGUGAGGAGACAUGGCGGGUGUCGUCUGCCUCAGAGCUCCUCCAGGUCCACGUCAACUUCCUGCGAGGCAAGGUGCACCUCUUGCUGUCCAACGCACCUGUCUGCCACCAGGGUAGCAGCUGA